AUGUCUAAACUUGAGCGUUUGAACGCCCGGGUGGCCAGACUCCUGACCGAAGCCGUGCAGGAGGUUCUGGAGGUGGUGAAGGAGACGGUGUCAGAGUACCAGGAGAAAACAGCCAGGACACAGAGAGAGAACGAGAGUCUGAAGAGGAGACUGCAGGAGCUCCAGGACAAGAUACCAAAAGAAAGCACCCAUGAGAACACAUAUCAUUUUUCUGUCCUGACUUCAAGUGGGCCAUCAGCAGAGGAGUGCGACACAACAGCGAAGCAGGAUCGGCGCAUCAUUCAGAAGCAUGACUCGGAUGUUAUUGCUCUCGCAGAGCAAAACAGCAACCAGCUCAACUAUGUCUUGAAGCAGGAGACUAAAGAAAAAGACAGCCACAGCGGUAUUCAGACACAAGCUGAGUCCAAGUUGGCGCAAACGUCCACAGACCACCACAAAGUACAGCUGGCAGAUGCACCGCACAACUUAGAGGGGCAGCGUAUGCCGUCUGAAACCAGGGACGCCGGCGCAGACCCUUACUCCAGCACACUGUUUGGGUUAAACAUGGCUGCUAUCAAAAGUGAAUCAGAGCCCACAGACUGCAUGUCAUCACAACAACCAUGUCUUCAAUCUCAGUACACCGGCUGCAUGGAUUUAAGCUGCAACUCCUCUCGUCACACCUCUACCGAGACCCUCAGGCCGCAAGCUAGCGCCGAGCCUUAUGGACUCGUUUUUGUUCGUUCAAAUCACAUGGCACACAGGAGGCAUGGAUUAGCAAAGAACACCAGGGCCAGUUUGGACGGCAGACAGAUCAGGAUGGAGCACCUCAGGAGAGACGGCUUCCACUUGUGCGUGGUCUGUGGAAAGACGUUCAGCAGGGUCGGGAACCUGAGAAUCCACCAGCGCUGCCACACAGGAGAGAAGCCGUACGGCUGCGUCCAGUGUGGAAGGCGCUUCAGUCAGGCGGGAGACCUGAAAAAACACAAAAGGGUCCACACGGGUGAGAAGCCGUACUACUGUAGCCAGUGUGGAAAGAGCUUCAGUCGUGGGGAAAACCUCAAAAGACACCAGAGGAUCCACAUCGGAGAGACGCUGCAGUUGCAGCAAGCGUGUCAGGAGCAGCGGUAGUGAUUACAGCACUGAGUCGAGUGCACAUCAAUAAAAUCAGCAGAGUUUUUUGUUUCUUUUUUAGAGAUUUUUAAAGGUUGAUUUUUGACCUGUGAUCCUAGUUUUAGAAACAGUUGCAGUGUAUUUAAAUUGUUGCUAACUGGAGCUGUUGGAAGGCUCCUUUGUUUGUCACGCUAAGCAUGGAGAAGCCAGGCGUCUGUUUUUUACCCUCUUAACCAAAUAGGGGAAGUCUUAAAAAAAUGCAUACUCUCUAUAUCUGAUAUAUCUGGUAUAUCAUAUCCGUGCAGUGUUACUUUGGUGACACAACUCAACCGAGUGUUGAAAUUGUAAUAACAGACGGCAGCAGAUGGGCUUCCAUGCAUUGUUGUAACUUGCAAGAAUAUAUAUGUCAGUGCUCAAGAGAAGGAUCUUAAACAGGAAGCUUCUGUCACCUUUCAGCUAAUUACGUUCUCAAGGUGCUACACAGGACAUAUAAAUAAACACCGGGCAUCAGUGUGGUUUACACAGGGUGUAUCAAAAGAGUCAUCCAAUUUGGAAAGGCUGUAUUUUUUAAAGAAACAGUGUUUCAGUCAUUACAGGUGAACGACUGAACAGUUAAAGCACUUUGACAACAGAUUAUUCCUUUUGAUACACCCUGUGUAAUGAAUAAAGCUAGAAAUGUAAAAAGAAAGGCACAAAAGCAUGCAGGUUUAUAUAUAAAUGUGAGCUUUUCAUUUAGAUCGAGAGAUGUUAAGAUUUUAUUGGAGCUACAUUUGAAACAGCUUGUAAAGAAACAAGAGUCUGUAAAUCUCCAGCGAUACAUUUGUAUGGCCUGUGAAAUCGAAUCGAACUUAUGUAUGCUAAAAAUGUGUUUAUAUGUAUGUCUUGUGAAGGUCCGAGGGAAUGUGACUUCUAAAAGUUGGGUUGUGCCCAAAUGUUUCAUAAACACUGCUGC